CAACGAUCGCAGAGAAAUAAAACUUGCACGUCUGAAGGGGAAACUGUGAUUUCCAAGGACCAGCAACUCAGCAGACAUGGCCUCAGCCUGCAGCAUCCUUUAUGAAGAGCAGCUCCUGUGUUCAAUCUGUCUGGGUGCGUUCAAUGAGCCCGUCUCCACUCCAUGUGGACACAACUUCUGCAAGGGUUGCAUCACACAGUACUGGAACAGUCAGAUCAAUGGACCUGCGCAGUGUCCCCUCUGUAAGGAAAAGUUGGGCAACGAACCGAAGCUCAGGGUCAACACAGAGUUCAGAGAUGUGGUGGAGCAUUUCAACCGCAUCAGAGAAAAAGAUGGACCUAAGAACAUCGCCCAACCAGGAGAGGUUCCCUGUGAUGUCUGCAACGAGCCAAAGCUCAAGGCCCACAAGACGUGCCUGGUGUGUUUGGCCUCGUACUGUGAGCCGCACCUGGAGUCCCACCAGAAGCUGAAGAAGCACAAACUGAUCGAUCCCGUGUCCAACCUGGAGGACAGGGUGUGCAAGAAGCACGGCAAGAUGCUGGAGCUGUUCUGCCGCACAGACCAACAGUGUGUCUGCACCAUGUGUUUGAACGACGACCACGCGGCGCAUGAGGCGGUCACCCUGGAGCGCGCCUUCAAAGACAGGAGAGUCACGUUGGAGAACGUGGCCUCAGAGAUGAAAAAGAAGGAGAAUGCUAAAUCAGCGAGGGUUGAGAAAAUGAAAUGCUCGGGGGAACAGAGCAGGAGAUUUGCCGUGGACGGAAUAAGAGAAAUCGUGCAAAUUUUAACAGCUCUCGUGGCCUCUGUGCAAAAAGGGCAGGGUGAGCUGGUUGAAGCGAUCGAGCAGAAGCAGAAAGAAGCCGAAAAAGAAGCUGCAGAUCAGAUAACUCUGCUGGAGCAAGAUCUUUCUGAUUUGAGAAGAAGAAGACGUGACACUGAGGAACUCCUACAGUCAGAAGACUACCUCUACCUGCUGCAGAACUGCCCAUCCACACUAACGCCUGAGAAUCUGACGGAGCCGCUCCCUGACUCCACCUUUCCACUGACACGAGACCUUCCUGAGGCCGGUCAGCAUCUCUAUCUAGAGAUGGUGAAAAAGUCCGUUGCUCAGAUUGAAGAGACGCUCAGUGGUGAGAUGGAGAUGCUGGUCCAAAAGGUUCGGUCAUCUGACUGCUGCGCCGCCCCUGAACAGUCUCAGGCAGCUGACAUGACAAAUAACUACUUCGUACCAGAGCUGUGGAGUCCGAUUCAGGACGAGCUGAUGAAGAUUCAACAAUGCGAUGCAGUGAGUGUGACUCUGGACCCCUACACGGCCAACCACAGGCUCACGGUGUCUGCCGAUGGAAAGAGACUGACCUGUGGUAGAAGUCAGCAGGCCUUCCCCUCUCUCUUUGCCAGGCCGUUUAAAUGCCAGCCUCUUGUCCUGGCAAAGGAGGGAUAUUCUUCAGGCAAGUUCUACUAUGAAGUCCGGGUCAGCAGCAGCAAAAGCUGGCUCCUGGGUGUGGUCAAAGAGUCCAUCAACAGAGACAUUAUCAACCCUCCCGAUAUCGAGGAUGGGGCGUGGACAUUUUGCAUACCGAACAACAUCUUUCUGAACCAAAUCCAAACCGUUGGGGUGUUUGUUGACUACGAGGAGGGGGAGGUCUCUUUCUAUGACGUGGAAGCCAGGUUCCGGAUGCUCCACAUCACAGGAGGCACGUUCAUGGAGACAACAACAGCUCUGAGAUCGUUUCUUUACUCCAUGGCUGGCGUUUCAACCAUUCACAGACCAAAGGUGUACCCUGUGUUUGGUAUCUAUGGUUGUAAUUAUGGAGAUAAUCUUGUUAUCACUCCUGUAAGCACAGCCUGAGCUGCAGCUGACCAGAGGAGACGUAACCUUAGGCCUUCUAUUAUUCAGUCCGAAUGUGUUCGUCCGUGUUAAACCGCUAGCAAAAAGCGUUGCAGCACCGUGGCAUUCAGAAAUUGACAAUUCCUUUCAGUCUGAUGUAAUUCAUUGUUUUUCUAGUAAAAUAACCCCAUUUGUAUGAGUGAGAAUUAUUUUCUGCAAUAUGCAUAUGUGACCACUAGAUGGCACUAGCGUUUAACAAAUGUCCCAUUCCGACACUGGACUGAGGUGGCUCAGAAACUGAAGGACAACAUCUAAAGACAAAUAAUGGAUGGACAUCAAAAAUAGCGUUUUCACAAAAUUAGAAUUGUUUUAUUGGGAUUUUACGUGUGUUAACAACGCAAAAUACUGAAAAACUGGAAAGAUGAAGAAAGAGCAGGAUUUUCUGCUUUUUAAAGAAUCUAAAAAUGAACUUAAAGUGUUUUUUUUUUAUUGUGACAGAACCCCCUUUUUCUAUGCAGAUAUAAGUGCAAGGCUUUCUGGGUGUGCCUCUUCCAGCUUUGCACAUCUAAACAUGUAUGUAUGCCCCUUCUUUUUUGGAAAUUAAAAAAUCUCAGUUAGAGGUGUACAUCUCAACGCAUCAGAUUUGUACUGUUACUGACCCAUUCAAAAAUGGUUUGAGCUAAUUGUAAGCCUUAUUAUUCUAGUUGUAGUUGUAUGUUCAGGGUCAUUGGUGAACUUCAACCCAAGUCUUAAUUGUUUGCAGUUCUUAAUUCCAGGAUCACCCUGUAUUUCGCUCUAUGUAUGUUUACCAUUAUUGCUGGGCCACUUCGCUGUCGCUGCUAAAGAAAGGGAUCCCUAUAGUAUGAUGCUGCCAGCCCUGUGUUUUCCUGUAAAGCUGCUGUGCUCAGCAUGAUGUAUGUUCAGUAUUAGUUUUCUGCAUCAUAUAAUGUUUUGCAUAUAGACGAAAGGAAAUGAUAUGGCCUGACGUCACCAAAGGAUAUCCUUGAACGUGUUUUGCUGUGUCCCUUAUAUAGUCUAUUCCAUUUUCUAACAAUAAAUUCAACAUUACUUGAUGGCAAAACUUGGGAUAUUGUUUUGGACUUUAACCCUGCUUCAAACAUCUCCACAUCUUUCUCUCUGACCCUGUGUCCGUUGGCCGCCAUGAUGCCUUUUUCACAAAACAGUUGGAUUUAUAAAGAGAUUACAUGACAUGCAGGUGUAAAUAUAGGUGAUUUCAGAUAGAAAUUGAUUUUAUUUAGGUGUAUCAGACCAAAUAGGGUUCAAUGUAAAUAGAUGCCGCACUUUACUGAUUUGUAUUUGUUAGAUGUUUAUAGCCAGGAUUACAGUGUGUUGGUCAGCAACAUAAAACCCAAAUCAAGCACAUUUAAGUUUGUUUUUCCUCUUUCUUUGUGUUUUGAUCAUUCCUUGUUGCCAUGUUCUUUAGAUCUUGUUUUAAACUCAAAGCUCAGUACCCAAAGUUUCAUUUUUUUUAUCGUGUUGAAAUUUGCGCAUGGCACAUACGCCACUUGAUGGACAAAUAAAGCAACGUUUCAAGUCUAC